AAAACCAAUAGUAAUAAUAAUAAUUUAAAUAAUUAAUAAUCAUAAUUUUUUUUGUAAAUAAUUAAAAAAAAAAAGACACAAUUUAAAUUUUUUUAAAAAAAAAAACGAAAAUUAAAGAAUGGAAGAUAAAAUUAUAUUUACAUGUAUCAGUUGUAGAAUUCAAUUCGAACACAGCGAAGAUCAGAGAGAACAUUAUAAAUCUGAAUUACAUAGAUUCAAUUUAAAGAGAAAAGCAUUCGAUUUACCACCAGUCAAUGAACAAACAUUUAAAUCAAAAGUUGAAGCAUUAAAACAAGAACAAAAUAAAAAAACAACUCCAGAGAAAUUUGAAUGUAGAAUAUGUGAUAAAGAAUUUGCCUCAGAUGGCCCAUAUCAACAACAUUUAUCAAGUAAAAAACAUAAAGAAGCUGUUGCAUCCGGUAAAACUGAAGUAGUUAGAAAUAGAAAACCAAAAGAAGAAAAGAAAUUACCAGAAACUUUAGAAGAAGCUGAAGCUAUGAUGGAAGAAAAAAUUAAAAAUGCUGUUAAAUUACCAAUCGAAAAUUGUUUAUUCUGUAAUCAUUUAAGUAAAACUUUAGAAGA